CAUGUAUUAUAUUUAAUAGGCCUAUCUUAAUAUUAAUUGCCAUUAAUUUACCUCUUGCCAUUAGUUAUGGAUAUGUUAUGGGUUUUUUCCCGGCGACAUUGACUAUCUGGGCUUCUGGCUUUGCAUUUCCGGGUCUCUCAUUUUCUGUCACCUUUUCAGGCUGAGGAUGUUCAGACAAAAUACUCCCAUCAGAGGACCGAGGAGAAGGGAGCAAACAAGACUUGCAACUUUCAGAGUUGGUCUCCUCCUCCAUCCUGAUAUGGAAACAUUCCACCCACAAAAAGCGGAAGCUUAGAAGAAAAGUUAAGGUGCCAGUGUCCUUGUCUGCUGAGGAGUUCAACGCUGUCCUCAGAAAUGCGUUUCCAAGAGUGGGCGACACUGAUUUUGAGUUGGCAAGAGUAGAUUGUCAUAAAGAAACCACAAGACUUCAAGUUUGUCCACUAUCACCAUCUGUGCUGAAAGCCAGCAGAGAGCUGAAUCGAUCAGCUUUAUAUAUAUACUCCCAAAGGAUGCAGAAGAGGUCUCGAACUCUGGCCAAAACCUGGACCAAGAUGAUAUGGGCACCCAUUUUAAGCUCUUUCUAGGCUUGUUGUAUAUUUCAUAAUGGCAUAUUGCAUCUUUGGCCAACAAAUGGGGCGUUCUGGUAUUUUGAAGGAUGUACAGGAGGUCCAUACUUCACAAAACUGCCUGGAGAGACCUAAUACAAUGGCGAGGGAUGAUUUACAUGAGUGGCGUGCACUUCACAAGACAAGAUGAGGAAUACAUACAAAGUCUGCAAACUGAGCAGGAAAGGGACACUCUGGUUCCUGAAGAGACCCCUCCUCAAAACAUCUCAUCUGGGUCCUCUGAUACCACUGCUGGCUUCCUGGAUUUGAGUCAUGUCAAAGAAACUACCGAACCAGAUCUGAAAACCUUACUGACAACUCUGGCAUCAAAAGUCUGGAUUGGAGAGACGCCCAGCAGUAAUAUGAUCAAUGUAUGCAGAGAAAACAUAAUGGAUGGUGCCAUGCGAGCCUUUACAAGAAGGAGUUUCAAUCCAGAGGCCAAAUUAAGCGUCAUAUUUAUGGAUGACUUCAUGCAAGCAGAAGGUUCAGUGGAUGAGGGGGGCCCUACACGGGGGUUUUUCCGACUGCUCUCAGAGAUAGCAGCCUAUUUACAGGGCCACAGUAAGAACCUGUCCCUGGACAGCCACGCAUUACACAGAGGUCUCUACAGAACCUAUGGAGUUAUGAUGGCUGUGGCGCUGCUGCAUGGAGGAGUGUUGCCUUCUCUUUCCGGAGAGGCUCUACCAAAACCUCUGCUCUACACCCAUUUAGUUUAUCUAUGUUAGAUGUAUU